AGUUACUUUCAUUUUUUUAUGUGGUUAAACUUCCAGGCCUUUAGCCAAUGUUACUUUAUUUUCAACUGAUACUAGUUUCACCUUUAUAUUUGUGCUUAAGGAAUCAUACAAUUAAAAUGAAACGAGGGGAAAAAAAGGACCUUCAUUUAUUUAAACUGUAAAUAAUAGGCUUUGCACUUCUUAAUCAUGCUUCGGAAGUUUAAUUAAAAAUCAGCAGAAGGAAGGAAGGACCGUUUUGCACUAAUGCCCAAUUUCUUUUUGCAAAACCAUAGUGUUGUUUGCUCUGUUUUGUUAAACUCGUUUGCUGUAAUUAAGGGAUCAACAAAAUCAAUACUUGUGUUUACUUCCUAUGUAUCUUUAUGCUCCGUGGAGACACAUUUAUGUGUAUUAGAUUAAAGGCAGUUGACAAACUCUGACUGCAUGAUCUCUGUGAUGUGUAUGUAUAUUUCCUUGACUCUUGUGCACAUGGUUCGAGCAUGUGAGCAUGCUGGUGAUUCUGCUGAACUGUGUGACUCUGGGCAUGUAUCAGCCAUGUGAGGACCUCAAGUGCCAGUCUGAGUGGUGUAUCGUCCUGCAGGCGUUUGAUGACUGCAUCUUCGCCUUCUUCGCUGUGGAGAUGGUCAUCAAAAUGAUCGCCCUGGGGAUUUUUGGAAUAAAUGGUUAUCUUGGCGACACGUGGAACCGCCUGGACUUCUUCAUUGUCAUGGCAGGGAUGAUGGAGUAUUCACUGGACGGUCAUAACGCCAGCCUGUCAGCCAUCCGGACUGUGCGAGUGCUCAGGCCCCUGCGAGCCAUCAACAGAGUGCCCAGUAUGAGGAUACUGGUCACUCUGCUUCUAGAUACUCUGCCUAUGUUAGGCAACGUCCUCCUGCUGUGCUUUUUUGUCUUCUUUAUAUUCGGAAUUGUCGGGGUGCAGCUGUGGGCUGGACUUCUUAGGAAUCGGUGUUUCAUGCCAAGCAAAGUGAGAGACCAAUAUAAUCUGUCGUAUAUGAGUCUGUACUAUGAGAACGAAGAUGGUGAAGACAACCCCUUCAUCUGCUCCUCCAGUAAGGACAACGGCAUGAAGCGCUGCAGUGCUGUGCCACCCCUUAAAGAGGGUGUUGAGUGCACUUUAAAUGCAUCUUUUCUGGGACAUGUCUACUCUGGCCUGAGCGGGACAGGCAACUACAGCUGUGUGAACUGGAACCAGUAUUACAGUGAAUGCAAGCCCGGAGACUUAAACCCGCACAAAGGCGCAGUAAACUUUGAUAACAUUGGAUAUGCCUGGAUCGCUAUAUUCCAGGUUAUUACAUUGGAAGGAUGGGUGGACAUCAUGUAUUACGUAAUGGAUGCCCACUCCUUUUACAAUUUUAUAUAUUUUAUAUUGCUUAUUAUAGUGGGUUCCUUCUUCAUGAUCAACCUGUGCCUGGUUGUAAUAGCAACCCAGUUCGCAGAAACCAAACAGCGCGAGAACAUGCUGAUGAAGGAGCAGCGUGCACGAUACCGCUCCAACGACAGCACCCUCGCCAGCUACUCUGAGCCGGGCAGCUGCUACGAAGAGAUGCUCAAGUACGUCAGCCACCUGUACCGCAAGGUGAAGCGCCGCCUCUCCCGCAUCUACAACAGCUGGCAGAGCAAGCGGCGAAAGAAAGUGAACCCCAACACCGGGGCUGGCGGAGGUGCCAAUGGUCACAGUAGGCACAGGGGUUACGGACACUGGGUACAGUCCAUUCACAGCCUCAUCCAGCAGCACCAGCGACAGCACUGUCACCUCAGCAAUGGCAGCCCCAGUCCUGUGGCCACUACGGGCUCCAGUGAGGCUCUGGAAAUGAGGUCCAUCACAGCGGGUCAGCAGCUGACCGUGUCCUCUCAGCCAACCGCCACGCACAAUCUUUCUUCCAGCACACAAUCAGUGCAUAGCAUUUAUCAAGGUGACUUUCGUGAGGCCCCGCAGGAGCGAACACCCACUAAUGUUGCUGUUCCGGCACUCAGCCGACUCAAUGGGGGGAUGAACUAUCCCACAAUUUUGCCGUCCCUCAUUUGCAACUAUUCAGGUGGAGGUUCAUUAGGGAAAGAGAGGGGGAAGUCGGAUGCAAAUACAGGACAUGAGGUGAUACAGGACUUUGACAAGCUGCACCAGCAAAUUGAAGCACAUAGCCACAGUCGUGUGCUGCUGCAGAUGGCUGGUGUGGUGCCCACUCAAUUACUUCUUGAGGUCAUGAGCUGCCCGUAUUGCGUAAGGGCCCUUGAGAGCAUGGAUCUGGAGAUUGGUGAUUCAGACUACCCUCGAUCAGAAGGGGACAUGGUGUAUGAGUUCUCAUAUGAUGCCGGGUUCAUAACCGGCCGUUCAGCACAUCAUAAAAUGCAGGAGAAACAAAACCGUCUGGUUCAAUUCUGGGAGGACUUCAGGGAAAGACUGACCCGUAUAGUGGAUAGCAAAUACUUUAACCGGGGAAUUAUGAUCGCCAUCCUCAUCAACACCUUGAGUAUGGGGAUUGAAUACCAUGAGCAGCCCGAGGAGCUGACCAACAUCCUGGAGAUCAGCAACAUCGUCUUCACUAGCAUGUUUGUCCUCGAAAUGCUCUUCAAACUGCUGGCCUUUGGCAUCUUCGGCUAUAUAAGGAACCCAUAUAACAUCUUUGAUGGGGUUAUUGUUGUCAUAAGUGUAUGGGAGAUCAUCGGUCAUGCGGAUGGUGGUCUCUCAGUGCUGAGGACUUUUCGUCUCCUGAGGGUGCUCAAACUGGUGCGCUUCCUCCCUGCCCUGCGCAGACAGCUGCUUGUCCUGAUGAAGACCAUGGACAAUGUGGCAACAUUUUGCAUGCUACUCAUGCUCUUCAUCUUCACUUUCAGCAUACUCGGAAUGCAUCUGUUCGGAUGCAAAUUCAGCCUGAAGAUGGAGAAUGGAGACACUAUUCCGGACAGGAAAAACUUUGAUUCCCUGCUGUGGGCCAUUGUCACUGUGUUUCAGAUUCUGACCCAGGAAGACUGGAACGUGGUCCUCUAUAAUGGAAUGGCUUCCACCAGCCCAUGGGCGGCUCUUUAUUUUGUUGCCCUCAUGACGUUUGGGAAUUAUGUGCUCUUUAAUCUACUGGUGGCCAUUUUAGUGGAAGGGUUUCAGGCGGAGGGAGAUGCUAACAAGUCAGACGGAGAUGAGGAAAAGACAUCAGUGAACUCUGAAGAGAAAAUGGAGCAGCUGCAAAGUUCAGAACCCCUUUCAAUUUCUGAUCCAGACUUGAAGUUCUACUCUCUGAUGUUGUCAGCCAAUGGGCAUGUGGAUCCUUGUGGCACUUUGCCUCCACCAAUCAUCAUGCGCACUGCUGCCACACCCAUGCCCACUCCAAAGAGCUCUCUGGGGCCCGAGUCUGUGUUUGACUUGACCGAGUCCAGACGGGGCAGUGCUGUCUCCAUAGAUCCAAAUGCUUUUGAUCAGAAGUCCCUGUCCAGUCCAAGAAGAUCACCAUGCCACCCCCGUGGCUCGGGCAGUAACUGGGGCAGCCGCAGGUCGUCCUGGAACAGCUUAGGACGAGCGCCAAGUCUGAAAAGGAAGGACACAUCUGGGGAGCGCGAGUCUCUGCUGUCCGGGGAAGGCAGGGGCAGCUUUGAGGAUGACGACAUAGAGGCGGAGAAGCUGACUAACAUCAGCGGAGGCUCCCUGCAGCACCCCAGCUCUCUGGACAUCCCAGAACUGCCUCAAAUGGGGGAAUACCUCGACUGCAAUGGACGAAGCCAACACAUACUCGCUGACCUGUCUGCCAGUCUCAACAAGGAGGACUCCAUCGCUGAGGAGGACUUGGAUGAUAGCUUCUGUUUCCGUCUCAGGAGGACCCUGGCAGCUUAUAAACCCAAGUGGUGCAAAGAUCAUGAGGAAUGGUCACUUUACCUGUUCUCUCCUCAUAACAAGUUUCGGAUGAUGUGUCAAAAACUCAUCUCUCACAAGAUGUUUGAUUAUGUAGUUUUAGUAUUCAUCUUCCUAAACUGCAUCACUAUUGCUCUGGAGAGACCCCAUAUUCAACAAUCUGAGCGAUUAUUUCUCCUCGUCUCAAACUAUGUUUUCACUGUGAUAUUUGUUGCUGAAAUGACAGUGAAGGUUGUGGCCCUUGGUUUCUACUCCGGGAACCAGAGUUAUCUAAAGAGCACAUGGAAUGUUUUGGAUGGGGUGCUGGUCUUUGUGUCCCUCAUUGACAUUCUGGUCUCUCUGGCCUGGACUGGAAACCGAAUCUUUGGCAUCCUGAGGGUUCUUCGCCUGCUGCGAACUCUGCGGCCACUGAGAGUAAUUAGUCGUGCUCCUGGUCUGAAGCUGGUAGUAGAAACGUUGAUAACGUCCCUGAGGCCCAUUGGGAACAUUGUGCUGAUCUGCUGUGCUUUCUUUAUUGUUUUCGGCAUUCUUGGAGUUCAGCUCUUCAAAGGAAAGUUUUUCCACUGUGAAGGCGGCGAUACCAGAAACAUCACCAAUAAGUCUGACUGUCUUCAGGCAAACCUCAAAUGGAUCAGAAGAAAGUACAAUUUUGACAACUUGGGACAGGCUCUCAUGUCUCUUUUCGUGCUUUCCUGUAAGGAUGGAUGGGUCAAUAUAAUGUAUGAUGGGUUGGAUGCUGUUGGUGUGGACCAGCAGCCUGAGCGCAACCACAACCCCUGGAUGCUGUUAUAUUUUAUUUCCUUUCUGCUAAUCGUCAGCUUCUUCGUCCUGAAUAUGUUUGUCGGAGUAGUGGUGGAAAACUUCCACAAGUGCCGUCAAGACCAGGAGGAAGUGGAGGCGCGUCUGCUGGAGUUGAAGAGGCAAAAACUGAUGGAGAAAAAGCGCAGGAGUAAGGAGAAUUGCGGGUCUGAGGCACUCCGGAGACCAUAUUAUGCUGACUAUUCUCCAGCCCGGCUUUACAUCCACACACUGUGCACCAACCACUAUUUGGACCUGUUUAUAACCGGCAUCAUCUGCAUCAACGUAGUUACCAUGUCCAUCGAGCAUUUCAAUCAGCCUUCUUAUCUUGACGAGGCACUUAAAUACUGUAACUAUGUAUUUACAAUCAUCUUCAUAAUUGAGGCUCUGCUUAAACUCGUGGCAUUUGGAAUACGGAGAUUCUUCAAAGACAGAUGGAACCAGCUGGAUCUUGCAAUAGUCCUACUCUCUAUCAUGGGCAUCACUCUGGAGGAGAUUAAGAUGAAUGCAGCGCUGCCCAUCAACCCCACCAUCAUCCGUAUUAUGAGAGUGCUAAGAAUCGCAAGAGUGCUGAAGCUGUUAAAGAUGGCUACAGGCAUGAGAUCCCUACUCGACACCGUAAUGCAAGCUUUACCACAGGUGGGAAAUCUGGGCUUGCUGUUUAUGCUUCUCUUCUUCAUUUAUGCGGCGCUUGGCGUGGAGCUUUUUGGGAAACUAGAAUGCACAGAGAACAAUCCGUGUGAAGGAUUAAGUCCACAUGCCACGUUUGAGAACUUUGGAAUGGCAUUUUUGACACUUUUCCGAGUAUCAACUGGGGACAAUUGGAAUGGAAUAAUGAAGGACACUCUGCGAGAGUGCCUUCCUUCAGAGACGCAAUGCCUCAGCUAUCUACCCUGGGUCUCUCCAAUCUAUUUUGUAACCUUUGUUCUAAUGGCUCAGUUUGUGCUGGUUAACGUGGUCGUAGCUGUGUUGAUGAAACAUCUGGAGGAGAGCAAUAAAGAAGCUAAAGAGGAUGCAGAAAUGGAUGCUGCGAUCAAGUUGGCAAUUUUGAAAGAAACUCGCCGUCUCAGCACCAUCUCAGCCAGUGCCACUGCGGGACCAGAAGGCAGGGCAACUUAUAUCGAGCCACACCCAGAUUCACCUGAGCAGGAUGAGGGGAUGCAAAGAACACAGGGGAAUUUGCUCUCUCCGCGGAAAAUGUCAGUGUCAAGGAUGCACUCUUUACCCAAUGACAGCUACAUGUUUCGCCCUGUGAGGCCAGCCAGUGCUCCGUAUCCUCUAGAAGAAGUGGAGACCUGUCAAGAUUAUCUUGAAUUAGGUUCCAUCACCUCGGUUCACUCCCAGCCAUGCGAAAGCCUUUCCCUGCUCCAGGUCCCUGGUGUUCCUCCCCAUUCCCAGUUCAACUGCCUCCCCAAGAUCCCUCCUCCCAUGCCCUCUCCAACCCACAGCAUAGACAGGAUUUUACGCAGACAGAGGGCAAUUAAAAAUGACUCCAUUGACAUGCAUAAUUUCGACUCCAAAGAAAAUGUGGAAAGACAGAAAGGGAUAACCACAGGCAGCUUCAAGCUGCAUGUUCCUCAAAUCACCGGCAUCUCUCAGGGGUCUCCCUUGCUGCCACCACGUGGACCUAGUGUCCACACCUUCCAGCAGCCGCACAGCCAGCACAAUAUCUCUUCUCGACCUCCCAGUCUGGCCAGCAGCAGCAGAAGCACCAGCCCCAGUGGCUCAAUGUUUGACUCCGCUGACCCAACCGAUGAGGAGGUGCGCCACAUCAAUAGCACAGCCCGCCUGUGGAUCGGGGUUCAUGCAGAAGCAAGGAGUCACUCCCUCUCUCCUUACAGCACCUCAGGGACGCUGCUUCCCAUCCCCGUGAAAAACUGCAGCAGUGCUGCCAACUUAACCAUCAAAGACCCCAAGAAGUGCUUCAGUGUGGACACUGAGGGUUUUCUGGAAAGACCCUACGCUUCUGAUGACCAUCGCAGGCACUCGAUUGAGAUUUGCUCCUCAGGAGACGAUGGGCUGUUUGGUCAAGAACUCUGUGAAAAGAGGCACGUUCCCACGCGUGGAAAGUCUUUGCACAUUCCCCGGAAGACAAAGAUGAGCCCUCCCUGCAUCUCCAUCGAGCCCCCAUUUGAAAAGGAUGUUUCCCCCUCUCAUGCGUCCAUGAAAAAGUUGUCGGAUAGCAUGUUACUGCGGAGGAGGACACCAUCCUAUGACCUGGCCCUGCAGCGGGACUCUCUGGACUUGCCGGAGAACCAGCUGUCAACCCAGCCACUCAUCAAAGUAGAGCGACAUCCCUCUCACUGUGCCGAGUAUCUGUCCCUCCCACACCCCGCCCCAAUGAGCGGUCUGGCAGGCGUUUUGUGUGAAAGCACGCAGCCGCCCCCCUUUGAUAGCAGAUAUGAAGAAUCCACGGACUUCGGCUCUGUAAACAGGACAGCUCAAUGAGGGACGCUGGCUGACGCUAGCCAGAUUUUACCGUCCGCACUCAAGGGUGCAGCAACUAGUUGAGCGGGGGAUGACGACCUCUUUCUGUAGCCAAAGUUUUCUUUGUUUUUUCUUCAAAUGUAAUAUCAUCCUAAAAGCCAGCCAGAAAUGGCAACCGAUCCUAGUGCGGAACAGCAUUUGAUCUGACUGUGAUUGGGCAAGGUGUUGAACACGGGAUAUGCAAUUUCAGGUUUCCGAAUGGAACUCUGGUUCUUAUUUUAGUCCCAGUGCUCAAUCACAUUGAUUUGAGUUCAGGAUGUGUAGUGUUACGUAAUAUCUGUAUCAUAUUUGUUAGUCUUUCCUCUCUUUGUCAUGAGCCUAGCUGACGUUUUCUGUAAAGACAGAGUAUACAGAUUAAAAAAAAGAAGAAAAAACUAAUAAGAACUGUACAUGUUAUGUACUUUAUUGACUCAUGAGGUGUAAAUAGAGAACAUAUUGUAUUAGUGAAGAAACAAGCUCUAUUCAUAUGCACAUAUUUUUUAUAGAGAUCUCUAAUGUUUUUGCACAUAUCAAUUUGAAUUGUCCUCUGUUGUCUUCUUGUGAAUGUACAUUUUUUAAAAUCAAA